AUGAGGUCCAACGUCGUGGGAACCCUCAACUUGACGGACUGCUGCUUUGCAAGGGGUAUCCACAUCACCGUAUUUGCAACGGGUUGUAUCUACCAGUACGACGAUGCUCAUUCAUGGGAUGGUCCUGGCUUUUUGGAGACGGACCCGGCCAACUUUGCGGGCAGCUUCUAUUCGAUGACCAAGGCUCAUGUCGAAGAGAUAAUGAAACAUUACAACAACUGCCUUAUCCUACGUUUGCGAAUGCCUGUAUCAGACGACCUGCACUCGCGAAACUUUGUGACCAAAAUCACCCAGUACGAGAGAGUGGUGGACAUUCCCAACAGCAAUACCAUCCUGACAGACCUUUUGCCGGCGUCCAUCUUGCUUGCCGAGCACGGGGAGGUGGGCAUCUACAACUUCACGAACCCUGGGGCCAUUUCGCAUAAUGAGGUCUUGACGCUCUUUCGAGAUAUCGUGCGGCCGACGUUUACGUGGAAAAACUUUAGCCUGGAGGAGCAAGCCAAAGUGAUCAAGGCUGGGCGCAGCAACUGCAAGCUCGAUACCACCAAGUUAACAGGCAAGCUCUUGAAUGAGUACGGUUAUGAGAUACCCGAAGUGCACGAGGCGUACAGGCGGUGCUUUGAGCGGAUGAAAGCGGCGGGGAUUCGGUAA